UACAACUACAAGAAUAUGCAAAGUUGAACGCCUAUCUUCAAUCAAUCAUCUCAUCUCAUCUCAUGGGGGACCUCAUCUUCUCCAUUAUCACCAUCUUUUCCAUCCUUCUUCUUUUUCCUCUCCUCCUCCACCUCCUCCUCAAAAACUCUAACCCUAACCCUAAUCCACCAAGCCCUCCUGCUCUCCCUAUCCUUGGCCACCUUCAUCUUCUCAAACAUCCCAUCCACAGAGCUCUAGCCCAUCUCUCAGAUCUCCAUGGUCCCAUACUUCUCCUCCGCUUCGGCUCCCGCCGUGUCCUCCUCGUCUCCUCCUAUUCCGGCGCCGACGAGUGCUUCACCAUCAACGACAUCACCUUCGCCAACCGCCCUUGCCUUCUCUCCGGCAAGCACCUCGGCUGCAACCACCAAUCUCUCUUAUGGGCCCCUUACGGCCCUCACUGGCGCAACCUCCGCCGCAUCGCCACUGUCGAACUCCUCUCCACCCACCGGCUACUCUCCUCUUCCCACCUACGGUCCGACGAGGUCCUCUCCCUCGUCGAAACCCUCCACCGUGACUACUCCGGCUCCGGCUUCCACCUCACCGAGCUCAAGACCAAGUUCUUUGGCCUCGCUUACAACGUCGUCAUGAGGAUGAUAGCCAACAAGAAGUACUACGGCGAGGUAGAUGAAAGCUCGUCGGAGGCCGGGAAGGAAUUCAGAGACAUUGUGAAGGAGACGUUCCUCGUCGGCGGGGCUUCAAACUCCGCCGACUUCUUACCAGUGCUACGGUGGCUUGGCGUUGGAGGUUAUGAGAAGAGAUUGAAGAGAUUGAGGAAAAGAAGGGACGAGUUCUUUCAGCUGCUCAUUGAUGAGCACCGGGCGAAUAGGGAGUGCGGAUCCCUAGGCGUGGAAAGCUCGCCGGCGGGGAGAUCAACGGUCAUUGACCUGCUGCUCUCCAUGCAAGAUGUUGACCCGGAGUAUUACAACGAUGACAUGAUCAAAGGGUUUAUUGCGCAACUGCUUAUAGCUGGAACAGACACGUCAGCAACAACAAUGGAAUGGGCAAUGUCUCUUCUCCUUAACAAUCCUCAAACCCUAAAAAAACUAAUAGCUGAGCUUGAUGCAAAUAUUAAACAAGGUUCACUAUUACAAGAAACUGAUCUCCCCAAGCUCCCAUAUUUAGAUGCAGUGAUAAAAGAGACACUGAGAAUGUACCCAGUUGGGCCAUUACUAGAGCCACAUGAAUCAUCCCAAGACUGUACUGUAGGUGGCUUUCAUGUUCCAAGUGGAACAAUACUACUAGUCAAUGCAUGGAAGAUACAUAGAGACCCGGAGCUCUGGGAAGAGCCAAACAAGUUUAUACCUGAAAGGUUUCUUAGAAGGAGUGAUGAAGAAAUCAAUGAAGGGCUUAAGAUGAUGGCGUUUGGGUUGGGUCGGCGAAGGUGCCCUGGUGAAGGUCUGGCGAUGAGGGUGGUGGCGUUGGUGGUGGGGACUUUGGUGCAGUGCUUUGAAUGGGAGAGAAUUGGAGCUGAAGAGAUUGACAUGAGUGAAGGACGAGGGCUUACAUUGCCUAAGGGUAAGCCUUUGGAGGUUUUGUAUAAACCAAGAGGAGACAUGGCAUGAUUUCAGCUUUGAGACUCUUGACUCACAUCUUGAUUUAUGUCAAUAAAUGUUAAAUUGUUUAUAUCUGUAAUUAGCACCAUAAGAAUAUUAAGUUUGUAAAUAAUGAUAAGAGGAGCUUUGUAUGUAGGUAAGUCCACAAAAGUAUGGGUUGUGUGACUUGUGUCUGCAUGCAUGAU